CAAGCUUUUGAGGAUCGUUCGCAGCGUCCAACCGUCCGCCAGAGCACGGCCUGUCAGCGCACAAGCCCGCAGCCUGAUUGCCAUGGCGAGCACACCCUCGCAGGCGGACGUCAACGACCGCUUGGAGAGCGAGUGCGGGCUCUGCGAGGAGCGCGUGAUUGAGGUCCGUGGCCCGGCCAGUCUUGGCGCCUCGGACGCGGUGAAGGACAGCAAACUCCGCUACACGAACUCCCUAGACAGCGCAACCCAGUGGCGGCGCGAUCUGAAGAAGCGUACGGUCUGCAGGCACGCGAAGUCCGCGAUGGUCAUGGUGUCCCUCAGCAUGGGUUUCCUGGUGCUGGGGGCGAUCGUGGGCAUCCGGGUCCUGUCCUGGGAACUCAUCUCCAGCGACCUCACGACGACCAGCGAGGACGGCCAGAAGAGCCAGGUUGAGCAGGUGUCAAAGGAGGUCCUCUCUUUCUUCCAGAUGGGCUCCAGGAUGGCUCAGUUGACGCAUCAAUUGUACGACAUCGCCUACAAGCAGGACGACGAGGCCGCGCCGCAGCAGUUCCUCAAGGUCUUCGGCAAGACCCAGUGGUCCUCUCUGAUUGCAUCGGUCACGGUCCAGGACGUGCUUGUGACCCAGGCGCGGAAGCCUGCGCUGGUGGCCGCGUCGGGAGACGCCAGCUGCAGCAUGGACACCGUCUACAUGGGCGAUAGUUACCUGGCGGACAUCAGCAACGAGACCUCGGGGCUCACCCCCGAGCAGGCCAACCAGACCACGAACCCAUGGGCGUCCACGGGGAUCACCGUGGGUAUCACCGUGGGGUCGCUCGUCAACUUCUCCGACCCGCUGCGGCAAAUCCCCUCCGACCCGUUGGGGCUCGUCUAUAUUUUUCGGGACCUUCCAUGCUCAUCCCCGUCGGUGGCCAACAUCGGCAACGGCGAGGCCAUGUGGGUAGAUUUGCUGACAGGGACCUGGGGAGGCGGUGCCAUGGACUCGGGGCUGCUGGCGCCGCAGUGGCAGCGGAACACGCUGGUGAGACGCGCGGGAGAAGCGGUGCGCAAGGCCGUCGUCUUCCGGUUGCCAGGCCCUUCCUGGGCCCCGCAGAGCGCCUGGGGGCGCGUGAACAUAAGGGUGGAGGACGAGUCUUUCUCCAGCGGCGGAGAGGCAACAUUGCAGACAAUGAUCAGGAAGGUCGCGGCCGCUUCGCGCGACAGCACCGUCAUCUUCAUCCUCACCAGGCUGGGCGAGCUGCUUGCGAGUUCGCUGGAGGGCCAGAAAAUCGUUGACGAGUUCGACGAGCUGCUGAUGGGCGACGACGAGGUGGCCGUGAUGGCACCCAUCCAGCCAGUGGCCAAAGUCUUCAUACAGAACCACUGCUCCGCCAGCGACGAUGGCGAACUCGACUGCGACUGGAGUCAGGUGGUGGCGCUGCAGUACAUUGGAAACUACGCCGUCGUCGCCAAGCCGAUCGACGACCCGCUCGCCGCCGGCCUGGGCCUGCUGCUCGUGGACCUGGUGGACGUCGAGGCCAUCACGGGCCGCAUCGAGGAAAUCAACGUCACGCUCAUUUGGAUCGGGCUGGCGAUCAUGUUUGGGGCCAUCCUGCUGUUCGUCAUCCUGUCGCGGCAGGUGACGGUGCCGCUGCGGAAGGCCCGUGACAACAUGUUUUUACUCAGCGACAUGAAGAUCGACGAUGCGAUCUCGGCCUACACCGAGGGGGGCGGCUGCUGCAGCCGUCCGCUGUUCACGGAGGCCAGCGACCUGCGCCGGAGUUUUCUGCACGCUGCCAGCGCCCUGAAGAAAUGGCGUACCAAGGAGAUCGAGAGGCGCACGCUGCUGGAGGGGGAGCGUGCCCAGCGGAUCCAGCACACGGUGGAGAGGGCGGUGCAGGGCGCGGGCAAGCUGACGCAUCCGAUGGUCUUGGUUAGCGCGGACGAGUUCAUGCAGAUGCAGGAGCUCACCAGCUACGAGAAGCUGCGCAACGAGGGCAAGCUGGAGUUCCUCGACACCGAGGAGGAUCUCGCGAGGUUCAAGACGAACCGCUCCGUCAUCUUCCUCUCUCAUCAGUGGUUGGGCUGGGGCUUUCCGGACGACGAGCACCAGACGCAGUUGAAGGCGAUGAAGAGCGCCGUCAGGACCGCCGCGCACCAGAUGAUUGCCACGGGGGCGAGGGGAGCGUGGAAGAACGUGCACGUGUGGGUGGACUAUUGCAGCAUCGCCCAGGAGCACCGUGGCAUGCAGACACUCGCCGUGUCCUCGUUGCCCGUCUACGCGUCCAGCGCGGACGUGUUCAUCAUCGUAGCGCCGCCCGCGAAGCACGUGCAGUCGAAGGACCACGCGGACCUGCACUCGUACAACUCCCGCGGGUGGUGCCGCGCCGAGAUGCUCUCGAAGAUCUGCAGCAGCGGGCUGGAGAACUUCUUCGUUCUGUCCACCGAGAGCGGCGAGCUGCAGCGCGUCACCGAGGAGUGGCUCCCGUCCCUGUCGAUGUACGUCUUCGAGGGCGAGUUCUCCUGCUGCCAGCAGGGGCACACCCACGGCGCCUGCGACAAGGAGGCUCUCGUCGAGCCCGUGCUCGGCCUCUACUCGAUGGUCCUGCGCCAGGGGAGCGGUGCCGCGGGCAGCAGCGGCGCGCGCCACAUGGAGCAGGUGCUGCGCCACAUACGCCAGUCGAAGGAGCGCUUCUUCCCGAGGAGGUACGCCUACAAGAUCGCCUCGCAGGAGGGCGCGACGGUGGAGGAGCGGGAGCUGUUCGGCCCGCUGGUGGAGGCCCUGGAGCAGCACAUGGACACGAAGCGGAGCCUCUGCCGGUCGGACAGCGUCGGCUCCGCCCGCAGCGUCCGCAGCAAGGUGCUUUGGGUCUUCUGAGCCUUGCCCGGCGCCCGCGCCGGUCGCCCAAGACGAGAUGAGCCCCGCGCACGAGACGGGGGGACCUUGCGGCGAUCGGUUGUGAGGGGGUCUCUGAAAAAGGGGGUGAAAAAAGGCUCCUUUCCUGCAACCCCUUGCCCUUGCCCCCCCCUUUUGGAGACCCCCUCUUGAAACCUUAGUUUUUUCAAAUUGCGCCGCUCAUCGGUGAGAAUAUUCUUGCUGUCCCUGCCGCGCCAGCCGGCCUCCAACAGAGACGCUGGGGGCGCAACCAAACCUCCUCGGCUGCCAGGAUGUCGAUCGAAAAUCAUUCAAAAACCUAUUGCAAAUCAAUGAUUUGGCUUUCUUCCGAUCCUGUUGGAGGUCUUCGUGUGGCCCUUGCCACGUCUGCACGGCACGGUGCAUUUGACUCGCAGUCUCCCUCAUUUUCCUAUCUCCUCUGACGCCUUCAUUCGUGGAUGAGUACAAGGAACGAAACGAGACUGCUGGUGUGCCUUUGCUCGGAACACUACAGUUGCGCGGCCGCAUGCGUUCCCAGAUUCUUGCCUCGGCGCAUCUCAUUUUUGUUUAGCUUACGUGCAAGUGGACCAUUCGCACAGGAGUGCCCACCAGCGCAUCUGUUGAUAAUUAUGCACGCGUAGGCGACGAUUGGCUAUGAGUAGAGGAGGCGCUGAGAACUUCCAUUGGUUGGAUUCCAGCAAGGUCUGGAUGCAUGCCAACCCAUAUUUGGCAAUCAGAAGAAUCCAGUUCACACAGUGCAUGAAACCGGAUUCGAAAAAGUUGUCCCCUCCCUCCUGCCCGCGUCCUGCUGCCUCAGGGCGGCGAUCAGCAAGCUCAGCGGCGAGUCGCUGAGGCUGUGGGCUGGUUCCAACCUGUAGGGCGAUGACGGAAGCUGGCCUCGGAGGAGGGAACACAAUUCUUUGGACUUGGGACUCGGGGUGCAUCGGGAGUCCAACUUCAACGCUUUCUGAAGAUCCCUGCUGCCUGUCUCCUUCCCCU